GUUGGCGGCCAUGGCCUCCAUCCUGGACGAGUACGAAGAUUCCCUGUACCGCUCCGCCUCCGUGCAGCAGAGCCGCGCCAGCGUGGGCAUCCCGCACUCCGGAUAUGUGAAUGCACGACUGGAGAAGGAAACACCAAUAUUUAACAAGCAAAGGAUUGAUUUUGCUCCUCCAGAGAAAAUUAACAGCUUAGUGGUCUCCUCUAACCAGCUCUGUAUGAGCCUUGGCAAAGACACCCUUCUCAGGAUUGAUCUUGGGAAGCCAGAUGAACCUAAUCAGGUAGAGCUGGGACGCAAAGAUGAAGCCAAAGUCUACAAGAUGUUUUUGGACCACACAGGCUCUCAUCUCCUGAUUGCUCUGAACACCAGUGAAUGCCUUUACCUGAACAGAAGUGUUCAGAAAGUGCGAGCACUCUCCCGCUGGAAAGGCCACUUGAUUGAAAGUGUGGGCUGGAACAAAUUUCUUGGUUCAGAGACCAACACUGGGCCCAUCCUGGUGGGGACAGCCCAGGGGCAGAUCUAUGAGGCUGAAAUCUCUGUCAGCGAGGGAGGCCUCUUCAGCACUAAUCCCGACCAGUACUUCCGACAGGUCUACACUCUGGAGGAGGAAUCAGGACCUGCCCCAGUGUGCUGCUUGGAGAUUGAACGAGGAAUAGAAGGGAAAUUUUUUAUUAUAGCCACCACUCGAAAGAGACUCUUCCAGUUUGUUGGCAAAGUCCCUGAAGGGACAGAGCAGCAAGGCUUCAGCUCCAUAUUUGCUAUGCAUGCUGACCAUUUGCCCAGCUUCCGGGAGUUUCCAGCCAACCUUGGUUUCAGUGAGAUAGCCUUUUACACCCCAAAGCUGCGCUCCAACCCACGCUCCUUUGCCUGGAUGAUGGGAAAUGGUGUUUUAUAUGGUACAUUGGAUUAUAGCCGUCCUGAUUCAAUUUUAAGUGAUGAACAGGUCUGGGUUUAUCCUUCUGAUAUUGACAUAACUGUGAACAAGCCAAUAUCCAUUGUACUUACCCAGUUCCACUUCCUGUUGCUGCUGCCUGAUCGGGUGAAGGCUGUAUGCACUCUGAAUGGGCAGGUUGUUUUUCAAGAUCUGUUCCUGGAGAAGUUUGGCUUACUGACACGCAUGAUCAAAGAUCCCACAGUCCAGCAGAUAUGGAUCCACACUGAGAAAGUAGUGUUCCGCUACCAUGUCCAGCGGGAAUCUAGAGAUGUGUGGAAGAUGUAUAUGAAUAUGAACAAAUUUGAUUUAGCCAAAGAGUAUUGUAAAGACCGUCCAGAGUGCCUAGAUAUUGUGCUUGCAAAAGAGGCAGAGCACUGCUUCCAAAACAAGAGGUAUCUAGACAGUGCCAAAUGUUAUGCACUGACCCAGAACUACUUUGAGGAAAUUGCCCUUAAGUUCAUUGAAGCCAAGCAAGAAGAGGCCCUGAUGGAGUUUCUGAUUAAGAAACUAAGUAACCUAAAGCCUUCUGAGAAGACACAGACCACUCUGCUGACCACAUGGUUAACGGAGCUGUACCUGAACUGGCUAGGUAUAUUGGAAGGAGAUCCCUCACAGCGAAAUUUAUAUUUGGAUACACGGGAGAAGUUUCGCACUUUCCUGAGCAGUCCUAAAAACAAAGAAUGUCUAUUUAAUAACCGGGCAUCUAUUUAUGAGCUGUUGGCAAGCCAUGGGGACACAGAGCACAUGGUCUACUUUGCAGUCAUCAUGCAGGACUACGAGCGUGUAGUAGCUCACCACUGCCAGCAUGAUGAGUACGAUGAAGCUCUAAAUGUGCUGUCCAGGCACAGAGACGAGAAGCUCUUCUACAAGUUCUCUCCAGUCCUCAUCCAGCAUAUUCCCAAGAAGGUAGUUGAUGCUUGGAUUUCUAUGGGCUCUAGACUGGAUGCCAGGAACCUCAUUCCAGCCCUUGUUAACUAUAGCCAGAGUGCCAGCACCCAGCAGAUCAAUGAAGCCAUUAGAUAUAUGGAGUUCUGUGUCUAUCAGUUGGAGGAAACCCAGCAAGCCAUUCACAACUACCUGUUGUCUCUUUACGCUUUGUGUCGGCGAGACUCGCUGCUAUCGUACCUGGAGCAAGCAGGAACCAACCCAAACAGGAUCCACUAUGAUCUGAAGUAUGCAUUGCGCCUGUGUGCAGAGCAUGGGCACCACCAUGCAUGUGUCCAUAUUUACAAAGUGAUGGAAUUAUAUGAGGAGGCUGUGGAUCUCGCCUUACAGGUGGAUGUUGAUCUUGCCAAGUCCUGUGCAGAUCUCCCUGAAGAUGAUGAGGAACUCCGGAAGAAGCUCUGGUUGAAGAUUGCUCGCCAUGUUGUUCAGGAAGAGAAGGAUGUCAAGAAGGCAAUGGCCUGCCUCUCCAGCUGUGCCCUGCUGAAGAUUGAAGACGUCUUGCCAUUCUUUCCAGACUUUGUUACUAUUGACCAUUUCAAGGAGGCAAUCUGUAACUCCCUGGAGGACUACAACAAGCACAUUGAAGAGCUGAAAAGGGAGAUGGAGGAAGCCACACAGAGUGCCAAGAGAAUCCGAGAGGACAUCCAGGAAAUGAGAAAUAAGUAUGGCUCUGUGGAGCCUCAGGAAAAAUGUGCUGCUUGUGACUUUCCACUUCUAAACCGCCCUUUUUACCUUUUUCUUUGUGGUCACAUGUUUCACUAUGACUGUCUCCUCCAAGCAGUUUUCCCAAACCUUCCUGCCUAUAAGCAGGUAAAACUUGAAGAUCUUCAGAAGAAGCUGGCAGCUACCAGUCAGCCUUCCAAGAGCCACCACCGUCCCAAGGACACAGAUACCGUUAGCUUAGGGAAGGGGCAGCAGAGCCGGGAACAGAUCAAAGCUGACAUUGAUGAUAUUGUGGCAGCCGAAUGUGUGUACUGUGGUGAGCUGAUGAUCCGGUCCAUUGACAAGCCUUUUAUUGAUCCCCAAAAGUAUGAAGAGGAGAUGCAAAGCUGGCUGUAGUUUUCCAAAUCUGCAACUGUCAAUGCACCAGAGUGGUUUUGUUCACAACUUGUGAAGCUUCUGUGGUGGGAAUACAACCUCCAGAAGCAGGAACACAGUGGCUUCUGUGGAACUCUGAGGAAAGAGUAGUGGGGUCUUGUUAUCAGGAUUACAGUGAAUUAGUCUUGAAAAAUGGGGAGAUAUAGCUAUGGCUGUCUAAGAACUUGAACAAUAGUUAGAGCUAACCUAUUGGAAUAUAUUGAGCAGAUGUUUGCUGCUUGCAGUUCUUCUGAGGUUCUCAGUGUGAAGCUAAUGGAGUGCCUUGAUGUCCAGAAGGAACUGGGAACAGCCUAUGAUUUGUCUUCCCUGUUGUGUGGUAUUUUUUUUUGGUGAAGACAAGCUUAAAGGGAAAGGCAGUGAAGAACACUAAGCAGUGUAGUCUUCAUUCAUCACUUUCAAAGCUAGAAUUGCCUUCUGUUUCCUUUUGGUGAGAGUCUAUAACCACAUACAUGGAAAGAACAUGAAAGGACAAAUGCUCUUGCAUAUAUAUUUUGUAAACAUCAUGCUACACAAAUACAUGUUUCUACACAAUGUAAUAUAAGAACGUGUAUAAUUCUCAAGCAGGAGUGUCUCAUAAUACACUUAAGUCAUUUGCCGGCAAUUCAAGGUGUAUAAUUCUCUUUCCCACAAGCUUUAUGGACAAGCCCAUACAUUUGAAUUUUCUCUAGGUACUGUUUCUGGCAAUACUUUCUAGCCUGUUCACCCCUUCCUCCCUCUCUCCAUCCUAUUUCUACUAUGACUGUCUUUGUGUAGUGGUCUUGGUUUUGUCUUCACCCCAAACCAAAACUGAUACAUGCAGUAGUAAGGUUUCAGCUGAUACUCUGCAAGCAGGACCACAGCCUAUUUGUAUUGUCCUGCUGUGGUCUUCUUCAAGCUGCACUUAAGCACUAGACUAGAGAUAUAGUCAUAGGUUCCCUCAAGGGUAGACUACAGAAAAGUUCUGUUGGUGUGAAAUUUGCUUUGCCAUUUGAAGCCAGUAGGUUGUGACCAGGCAGUCUUUUGCCUUCCUGACAGUAUUUGAUACUUUCUGGAGAUGGCUGCAGGUCAGUGCUUCUGUCUGUUGCUCUGACUUGGAAAAUUCUUCCCAGAAGGUGGCAAUCACGACAUUGUGGGUGAGGAAACAAAAAAAUUUUCUUUAGCGAUUUAACAAGGGUUCCUUGUUUUAUUUUUGAAGAAACUAAAAUUUUAAUGAAGUUCUGCUGUUUGGGGCUGAAUCACAAAGGUAGUAAUUGGCAGAAGAAUGGAAUGAUCUAAAUGAAAAAUUAUGAUUCUUGUAAUUAGGGCAAUAGAAAAUAUUGUCUUCUGAAAAACCUCUUUAGUUCUUUCACAUGAAUGUAUGUGCUUGUCUUGAGUACCUUUCUCAAUCUGCUAGUGACUUACCUUGUUUGUAGGGUUGUAGAAAUGGGUCUUCACAUCAUUGAAAGGGAAUAUAAAUUGGUUUCCUCAAGGAGCUGACCUACGAAUUUUGAUAACCAUUCAGAGCUCCGAGCUCCAGAAGAACAUCCAUGCUUUUGUUGGGAGUCUUCGGCCUGGAAUGAAUGAAUGUUAUCUGUGUAAAAUGACAUGAGAAAUAAAAAAAAAUGGAGCUGAGAGUAGGAAGACCUGAGGUUUUGAAAUCCUCUUUUCAUUGUUGGAGCCAUGGCAUAAGCAGUCUCAUUACCACCUGGUAGUGUUUGUUUCUGGCUUAUCAGAAACCACUGUUUCAGUGGUUCCAUUAAGCAGUGGUUCAGAAACCCCACAUGCUGUAGUUUUCUUUGGCUCUGGAUAGCCUUUUGCUUUGAAUAAGUCGAUGGGUCUGCCAGAAGAAUUUGUGAUGAAAACUAAAUGUGAUGUCUUUUGAAGUUCAGCAUUAAACCUGUUAUAACUGA